CCGAGUGGGAUGGUUUGUUUGCUUUCCGCCCAGUGAUUCCCUUGUUCGCCCUCCCGAGACGCCCAGCCGCUCUGCGUCCACCCCAGUGUGCCCAGUGACCCGACAGUGCAGUGAGAUGUGACGUGAUGUCGGCGGAAGAGUGUGAGGAAGUGCGCGGGCUGCUGCAGCGCCACCGUCUGAGGCUCCUGCGGGAGCUGGAGGAGAGCCAGCUGGUGCCCGUGUUGGUGAAGAAGGGCGUGCUCAGUGUUGUGGACGAGGAGGUGCUGAAUGCCGAAGUGAGUGUGGACAGGAAGUGCGACGGGGUGAUUGAAGCGAUCGCCCGGAAGGGAUUCCACAAGUUCAAGGAGUUUUGCUACGCCGUGGAGACGGAAUGUCCGCAGUUCAUCACUGACAUCAUCAAUGAUCGCCUCAAUUAUGACACGGUUGGCACUGCGGCCCAGGAUGAACAUCCUCAUCAGCAGGAAGGAUUUCCGAGUAAUCGGGACACGCUGGAAUCUCGGCGCUCGACGAGCUACAGCGGCUCAAUUAGCCCGACAAUGGCUUCGGGAUCACGUAGAUCAUCAGUCACGAACUCCACACAGCCUGUGGCGCCGCCGGAGAAUCCUGUCCCUUCGCCGGCUGAUCUGAAUGCCAUCGAGAGGAUCGAGACUGCAGACGCGGGUGGACUCUUGCGCAGUCUGUCGCUGAAAGAGCGCCAAGUGGCGAGUCCUGGAGCCCGCAAGAAGGAGAAGAGACACACUGUGGCGCUACACGAGGACGGAUGUGCCACUUUCAGCGAGACACGCGGUGCCAGGAAGCGCAAGGAGCGUCACAGAUUACGGCCCUAUCACUCCAUGAAUGAGACCAUCGAAGUCCUCGCAGAUCCUGUCGUCGAGGACGAUCCAACGGGCGAGAGAUCCUCUUGGGAAUACCACACGGUGACUGUGACUAGAGUGCCAGGCUAUGGAUUCGGGAUUGCCGUGUCCGGAGGCAGGGACAAUCCCCACUUCGCCAACGGCGAUCCCUCAAUCGCCGUGAGUGAUGUGCUGAAAGGCGGACCCGCGGAAGAGCGUCUCCAGGUCAACGACAGGAUCAUUUCCGUGAAUGGCGUGAGUCUGGAGAAUGUGGAGUAUGCCACAGCCGUGCAGGUGUUGAGGGACAGCGGAAACACCGUGAGUCUGGUAGUGAAGAGACGCGUGGCGAAUCUCAAUCUCCUGGCGACGCCAUCGAAUCACCAGCACUCGCAUAGUCUCAGCUCGGCUGGACUGACAGGAGCCAAUUCCUCCUCGCAGCAGACCAUCAAAGUUUCCCUGACCAAGGGCAGCAAGAAGGAGGACUUCGGCAUAACGCUGGGUUGCCGGCUGUUCGUGAAGGAAAUCUCAUCGAAGGCCAGGGAUCAGCUGGUGGCCAAUGGAUACCAUCUUCAGGAGGGCGACACAGUCACCAGAAUCCACAAUACCAACUGCAAUGACGCGAUGAGCCUCAAGGAGGCCAAGAAGAUCAUCGACGGCUGCAAGGAGCGCCUCAACAUUGUCGUCCUGCGCGACGUGGCGAACAAUGCGGCCACGAGUUCGGGCAUGCAGAGCCCAGCGUACUCACACACAGCCCAAAUCUCCAACUGCAGCAACAUCGAUGAGGCCUUCCUGCCCGGAGGAGCAUCCUAUUCCGCCCAGAAUCUCUACGUGCAGCCGCCCACGAGACCAUCGCUGGCCAAUCUCGACGACAAAAGCAACCUAACGCCGCGAGGGCGCUCGAGAGGGCCCCUGAUGGACGUCUCCCUGAGCCAGCUGGACCGGCCGAGCACGCCUCCGGCGCACGCGAGGUCCAGGAGCGGCGUGGAGGAGCCCAUGCGUCCUCCACCGCCGCGCGCCGAUGACUUCUACAGCUCGCGACGGCAGCUGUACGAGGAGGAUCCGCUGCAGAGAGCCAAGCCGUCCGGUGAGCCGCGUUUCAUCUCAUUCCAGAAAGAGGGCUCCGUGGGCAUCCGUCUGACGGGUGGAAAUGAGGCGGGAAUCUUCGUCACGGCCGUGCAGCCGGGAAGUCCGGCCUCCUUACAAGGCCUCACGCCUGGCGACAAGAUCCUGAAGGUGAACGACAUGGACAUGCACGGCGUGACGCGCGAGGAAGCCGUGCUGUUCCUGCUGAGCCUCCAGGAUCGGAUAGAUCUGAUCGUGCAGCACUGCCGAGAGGAGUAUGACACAGUGGUGGCCAGUCAGCGCGGAGAUUCCUUCCACAUCAAGACACACUUCCACUGUGAAACACCGUCAAAGGGAGAGAUGUCCUUCCGCGCUGGGGAUGUCUUCCGUGUCAUCGACACCCUGCAUAAUGGUGUCGUGGGAUCGUGGCAGGUGCUGAGGAUCGGCCGGGGGCAUCAGGAGAUGCAGCGUGGGGUGAUUCCCAACAAGUCCAGGGCAGAGGAACUGGCCACGGCGCAGUUCAAUGCGUCGAAGAAGGAGAUGAACGCCUCAGAGUCCCGCGGAAGCUUCUUCAAGCGCCGCCGCUCCACGCACAGACGCUCAAAGUCUCUGUCCAGGGAGAACUGGGACGAUGUGGUCUUCUCGGACGCCAUCUCCAAAUUUCCCGCCUACGAGAGAGUCGUCCUGCGGCAUCCGGGAUUCGUGCGGCCAGUGUGCUUGUUCGGGCCGGUAGCGGACAUUGCGCGCGAGCGUCUGAUCAAGGACUUCCCGGACAAGUUCACGGCGCCGCUGCAGGAUGACGGCGGCAAGAGUGGCUCCAGCAAGUGUGGCAUCGUGAGAUUGUCCAACAUCCGGGAUAUCAUGGACAGGGGCAAGCACGCAUUGCUGGAUAUCACGCCAAAUGCCGUGGAUAGGCUCAACUAUGCCCAGUUCUAUCCCAUUGUGAUCUUCCUCAAGGCAGACUCCAAGCAUACCAUCAAGCAACUGCGCCACGGCCUGCCCAAAUCCGCCCACAAGAGCUCCAAGAAGCUCCUGGAGCAGUGUCAGAAGCUGGAGAAGGUGUGGGCGCACGCCUUCAGCACCACAAUAGCGCUCACGGACGCCGAGACGUGGUACCGAAAGCUGCGCGAUGUCAUCGAUCAGCAGCAGAGCGGCGCCGUGUGGAUGUCCGAGUCCAAGCCCGUUGAAUCCCUGUCCGAUGAUUUCCUCUUCCCAAUGACAACAUCCCGCCUGUCAUACGCAUCGAGUCCCGAAUCGGACCUGGAACUGAGUCCGGGCCCGUCGACUUCGCUCUCACUGGGCAAUUUGCCGCAUCUCGUGAAAUCAAGCUCAGACCCAUCGAUCGCCACUAACCAGGAUAACUUGGAUAGGGAUAGAGAGAUGAAUUUGGGUGACGGAAUGCCACCGCCAUACACGAAUCACUACGAUCACGCCUCGCCGGCCGCCCGGAGGCCCACAAUGGAGACCAAGUAUCCUUAUGCGGGACAGAAUGUGGUGCAGCAGCCAAUGAUCGAUGGGAACAUGACUUAUGCCACAGCCACGCGGCCGCCACCGCCUGGCCAGGGAGGACAAAUGUUCGGCGGAGCGCCGGAUUUGCCGCCGCGCGUGGACAGAGCGUCGAAGCCGCCGGGAAGUGUGGCGUCGCCCAAGAACUCCAGCAUUCACAGCAUCUCCACACUGAGCAGAUCUGCCCAGGAGAGACUUUUCGCCACGCCGAAGGGUGAUGGCGAUCCCGCGGAUGAGUACAGCACGCGGAAUCAGCUGCUGAGCGCCGUGGACAAGAGACUGAACGGCGGCAGUCAACAGGCGUCGCUGGAGAGACAGAGAGUCGCCGCCACGGGGAAGAUCAACAACGGUUCGUACGACAGCGUGUCCAGCUAUGAUUCCUACAACACAGCCCAAAUGGCGGCGCAGAACAUCCGACUGGGCCCCAAUGCGCCGGACGACCUGAAAUCCGUGCCCAGUGCGAAUGGAAGCAGGAAUUCAGCGCAUGAGUUCUCACGCGCAGGCGUGCACGAGCUGAGCAGGAGUCUCUCGUCUGGCGCCAAUGAUCUCAACCGGCAGAGCAGUCCCGCCAGAAGUGGCUUCCACGGUCAGGACAGGAACAUUCCCAGCUCCCACGAGGCACCAAUGGCCAGAGAGAGACCGCCAGGCGUGUCUGUACCACAAAGACCAACUAAUCUGGCACUGGAAGGAAGUCCGCGGAAGCUGCCCUUCGAGACAAAGACCGACUACGGGAAGUACAGUCGCAAUAAUUCCGCCACCCAAGCUGACUACUCAAAGACCACGAAGGGCGCCAUGGCGGGCCAACCGCCGCCGGGAGUGCCCUUCAAGCCCGUGCCACCGCCCAAGCCCAAGAACUACCGUCCACCGAUCCAGGGAGCGCAAUCCGGCGCCAACCAGUGGGAGAAUGGGGACGCCGUGAUGCCUCGAUCUCCCAACGGAUACGGAUUCUAUCCGACGCCUUCUCACUUCCACCACUCCGGCCAGAACCCGCCCACGUCGCCCAUGAACUCAGGGCCGGCGCCAGGACAUGGCGGAGGCUACAACGGACAGUAUCCGCCGUCGAGCGGCCACUUCAACACGCCGCAGUCGCCGUUCGGCCAGCGCGAGGCCAUCGGGAGCAACGGAUUCGGCGGGAAUCACUUGUACAACGGACAGUACAUGCACAGAGGCCCAGGAUUCGGAAACCUUCCUCAUCAUCCGCCGGAGAGAAACACCCUCGAUCUGGCCGGCAGCCGCGAGCAGCGCGGCUCGGCAUUCGAGUUGUAUAGAAAGCCACAGAUCAGCACCGCGAGCCAUCAUCACAACAUCAGCACUGUGGAUUCCUACGUGAACGCGCUGAAUGAGCACCACUUGUACAGGCAGCGCGUGUUUGUGGCGCCCGAGACGCCGCCGCCGCUGCCACCGCCCGUGAAGCCCAAGAAGAAGCUUCUGCGCUCGCCGCUGGCGGCCAUAAAGAACGCCUUCCUGAGGACCACGCGGCCACUGCGGCGGCAAUCCAGCGUGGCGGCGGAGUACGAGAAGAAGCGCAGCGCCGUGCGCCGGCUGCACUCGAUGAUGGAGCCACGCGUGUACGAGCGCCAGUGGGCGCCAUGUCCGGCGGAGAUGCAGUACGAGGCGCUGUACGCGAGCGCCGCGGCGCCGGAUCCGCUGUACGCCAACAGAGCGCUGAUAGACUUUGAGCAGCGUGCGCCGCCCAGAGGCAUCCUCAGACGGCACAGCUUCGCCGAUCGGCCGGCGUCCGCGGUGCCGUUCAGGCGCAACAGAUCGCUGAUGAUGCGCCGCGAGCCGCAGCAGUGCGAGGACGAGGAGGAGGAAGGCAUCUACCAGAGCCGCGGCGGGGCGUUCAUGCUGGAGGCGCAGAGAUAUCCGCGCCGCCGCGAUCUGCACAGGGACCAUCUGUACCAGAGCAAGAAGGAGAUGCAGGAGAGAAUCCAGCAGGGACGCGUGGAGAUGGAACGCGCCACAUCGGAGCCGCCCAGCGAGUCGUCCUCCGUGUACGCCAGCCGGCGCGAGCUCAAGGAGCGCAUCUACCAGUCCCGCCGCGAGGCGAUGGAGUCCAUGGCGGAGCCCAUUUAUGUGUCGCGCAAGGAGGAGCAGCGCUGCCACGUGAUCCCGGAGACGACGGUCUUUGCUGAGCGAGAGGAGGCUGAAGGCGGCGAGUCGGUGUCCAACGAGGACGCGUCGCACAGCACCGGCGGCAGCACUGUCGUGGCGCCCUUCGACCUGCACAACGACACUGUCGUGGCCAUGAGCCCGCGGCCGGCGGCGCGCAACGCCCAUUUGUCCAGCAUCAUCAAGCGGACCGCGACGGACGCCAAGUCGCCGGCGCAGUACGCCAGCCGGACGUCCAUGGAGACGCAGUACACGUCGCAGGUGAGCCUGCCCAGUCUGCCCAGCACCAUCGGACCGCCGAACGCCUCCAGCACGCCGUACGACAGCACGGGCUCGCUGCGGGCGCGCCAGCCCACGACCACGCGGGCGCUGUUCGACGAGCGCGGCGGCACGCUGCUCGAUCCCACGUGGAACGUGUCGCUGGAGAUCCCCGAGGGUGCGCUGCCGCCGGGUCGCCGGCAGGAGAUCUACUUCACCGUCACCGACCCGCGGAUGAGCGAGUGCGUGGGCGGGCCGCCGCUGGACAUGGAACACGGUGAGACGAUGCUGUCGCCGCUGGUGAUGUGCGGCCCGCAGGGCCUGGAGUUCCUGGUGCCCGUGACGCUCAACAUCCCGCACUGCGCCGGCCGCACGGCGUCCCUGGGCCUGGCGCUGAAGGCCACGGACAGCGAGAAGCACCUCAACACCAACUGGGACAACAUCGACUUGCCCACGACCACGGCGGCGCACACGGUCUCCGUCAAGGUGGACCACUUCUAGGCCGCGGCGCCUGAGAAUCCCUCUCUCUCUCUCUAGGUUUUUGUACAGCCAAAGCUUGACGACACCCCCACACCGCGAGCGCCCCCUUUGUAUCUUCUAUCCACUUGUAUAAUUGCAUCAUCUUAUCGUGCGCGAUCCUUCUUUGGAGCCCCACAAUUAUUGUAUUGAGAAAAUUUUACAUUCUAUCAAAUAAAUGCAUUUCUACUCGA